GUGUUCGUUCGCAGUCGCGGCAAAGAAAAUCGGGGAAAAUCAAGCGCCGCUUCAGCGUGCGGUCGCUGUUUCGUCCAUAAAAGGAGGGAGGACGGCGCGGAGGGCUUGACGACACUGCAGACCACUCCCCAGUUCAGUCCCCACACCGAGCUCUGCCCAUCGCGCGCACACACACACUCUCUCUCCCACCGUUCACGGUCCAGUCCAGAGAGCUCAAGAGCUCCUGCAGCCAUGGCGGUUCCCCUGCUUCUCCUCCUCCUGCUGUCCGUGUUCACAGCCUCAGAUGCGGCGUUCUGCGUGUGCAAGCCGGGCAUGUCCGACCAGAUGAUGCAGUCGGCCAUCGACUACGCCUGCAGCAAGGGGGCCGACUGCGCCUCCACCACCAAGGGCGCGCCGUGCUACGGCAACGGCAACAAGGUGGCCGUCUGCUCCUACAUCUGCAACAGCUACUACCAGAGCCGCAGCGGCAUGGGCGCCACCUGCGACUUCAACGGCGUCGCCACCCUCACCGGCACCGACCCCAGCUCCGGGACCUGCAAGUUCGCCUCCGGCCCCAGCAGCGUAGGCACCGGCGGCGGCGCUGGUAUGGGCACCGGCGGAGCAGGCGCUGGCGUCGGCGGUGGCACGGGCGCCGGCGCUGGCACGGGCGCGGGCAUGGGUGCCGGCGCUGGAACCGGAGCAGGCACGGGCAUGGGCGCCGGGACGGGGACCAGCACCGGAGCUGGCGCUGGCACCGGCACCGGCGCCGGGAUCACGACCCCCGGGGCCCUGAGCCCGCCGUUCGGCGGCACGGGCGCCUACGGCCCGUCAGGAGCAGGCAGCACUGACUACAACGACGCUGCGGCGCGGCGCGUCUCCAGGCUGCACGUGGUGGCCGCCCUCGUCUUCGGCCUCGCCGCCGCCGCCGCACCUCUCCUCCGCUAGGAGGUGUAAGUGGGAGGGAGGGGGGCGGGCACGACACGCGCAGUGGAUCCCGCUGUCUGGCGUGCGUGCGUGCCUGCGCUGGGUUUUGAUCGAUCAGCCGUCGUCAGCGUAGUAGCAGCACGGGGUUUACUGUUAUUCAACUGACCCUCUUGUCCUUCCCCGUGCUAGUGGUGGUGGUGGCUGCCAUGUGCCAUGUGGUUUGGUGCUCUGUACUAGUGGUAGUAGAGAUCCUAGGGAUUCUUUUGGUAGUUCCGGACAUACGUGUCGACGUGUUCUUCAGUCGUUUUUCUUUCU